AUGAAUCAUGGUGGAGGGCCUAACAUUAAUGAUCCGAGAGCUCCACCUCCACUGCCACCAAGACCAACAGAGACAAACCACGUACCUAAUAUGAUGCCCAGCUACGGAAUGUAUGGAAGUGGCAUCGGCUACGGUAGUGCAGGAUAUGGAAUGGGACCUCACAGCUACGGUGCAGGGAUGUAUGGUGGGAUGUACGGAAAUGGUAUGUAUGGUGGACAGUACGGAUAUGGUGGCACAGAUAGCAGCUUUGCGCGAUUAGCCGAAGAGUCAUCGCGAGGAGCGUUUCAGUCAAUAGAAUCGGUAGUGAAUGCAGUAACCUCAGUCGCCAACAUGCUCAGUUCUACCCACAAUGCUGUGCACAGCUCUUUUAGAGCAGUGAUCGGAGUGGUGGAACAGUUGUCGAGGUUGAAAAUCCAGCUGACAUCUGUGGUCCUAUCGUUAUCGUUGUUCAAAUUUCUACAGAAAAUAUGGCGAUAUUUGCUUGUAGCUUUCCGCCUCAAACCUGCUAAUUAUGCUAGUACUUCUGAAAUUGCUUGGGGAGAAGCUAAACAGCCUUUUGGCUCCGACGUUCUUGGUGGCCCAAGUCCUCCGGCAAUAAACUGGCCGGCUGUGAUGUUUUGGAUGGUGGCGCUAGGAGGACCUUGGUUGAUAUAUAAAGCUAUUUCACAAAUGGUUCGAUCGGUAGAGGAAAGGAGGAAGUGGGCUACUGGCACCGGUGCUCAUUACACAGCGCAGGCUCUCUACGACUUUCAAGCAGCAAAUGAUCAAGAGCUCUCGUUCAUGAAUGGAGAAAUCCUUCGAGUGGCACCAAAGGAGGAGCAGCCUCGUGUUCGAGGUUGGCUUCUGGCCAGUUCGCAAGAAGGCGACCGUGUUGGACUCGUCCCAAUCAACUACGUGCGGAUAAUGGGACGAAAGUCCGAAUCCCCACCUCUUCGCGAUCCUAUCGAUAACCUCUCGAAAUUUGACGCAUUUUUCAAGACUUAG